UGUAAUUACACGGCAUUUUUUGAGUCUUGUUUGACAGUACUUGACUGUUCAGAAAAUGAAUGAAUAGCAAAUUUUAAUUCAUUUUCUUGGGAUAAACUUUGGGACAUAAUUUGUAAUAGAAUUCGUGAAUCACAAAUCAAAUCAAGUUGGAAUCAAUAAUGGCACCCGCUGAAGAUGUUGAAAUGAAAAAUGUUGAUAGCCCGGCUGCCGCAAGCGACGUGGAGAUGAGUGAAGUGAAAAAAGACGCCGACGUACUUGCUGUCCAGGAUUUGAGAGAACAUGUUAGACAAAUUGAUAAAGCAGUUUCUUCGAAAGAGCCGAGAUUUGCAAUGCGUGUACUCAGGUCCAUUCCGAGCACCAGAAAAAAGCUGAACGGUAAUGUUCUUCGUGCGAUCAUUAACCAACUGUUUCCAGUGAACCCAGACAAAGAAGCUUUGAUUGCUUUCGUCGAGCAGCCUGCGCCGGAUGCAGUCGAGAUAGAAGCACCGCGCUCCAGAAGUGCUCUGAAACCACCUGUCCCUGAAGGAGACGCCUAUAUACAUCUUUUAGUACUACUUCGUUUGUUAGAUACAAACAAGUUGGAAGAAGCUGUGGAAUGUUCUCAACUGUUAAUGAACAAGGUGACAGCACAAAAUCGGAGAACCUUGGAUCUAAUAGCUGCAAAGUGUUAUUUCUAUCACUCUAGGGUCUUUGAACUAACUAAUAAACUGGAACUCAUUAGAGGUCUCUUGCAUGCACGUUUACGUACAUCCACUCUUCGGAAUGACUAUGAGGGCCAGGCAGUAUUGAUUAAUUGCCUUUUGCGUAACUACCUCCACUAUGCCUUGUAUGAUCAAGCUGAUAAAUUGGUCAGUAAAUCAGUCUUCCCAGAGAAUGCUAGUAACAAUGAAUGGGCAAGAUUCCUUUAUUACCUUGGCAGAAUCAAGGCUGCUAGAUUAGAAUACAGUGAUGCCCACAAACACCUGGUGCAGGCUUUGCGUAAAGCACCUCAAACUGCAGCUGUUGGGUUUAGACAGACAGUACAGAAGUUGGCUAUUGUUGUUGAGUUAUUGUUAGGUGACAUACCUGAGCGUGCUAUCUUCCGUACAGCUCCACUAAGAAAGUCCCUGGCUCCUUACUUUCAACUCACUCAAGCAGUUAGACUCGGUAAUUUGCAAAGAUUUGGAGAGGUGUUAGAAAAUUUUGGACCCCAGUUCCGGAAUGACCAUACCUUUACACUGAUUCUGCGUCUUCGUCAAAAUGUUAUAAAGACUGCAAUUAGAUCAAUCGGCAUGUCUUAUUCCAGGAUAUCUCCUAAAGAUAUAGCUAGAAAGUUGGGAUUGGAUUCAGCUGAAGAUGCAGAAUUUAUUGUAGCUAAAGCUAUCCGAGAUGGUGUCAUUGAGGCUACCCUGGACCCAGAAAAGGGAUACAUGAGUAACAAGGAGAGUUCAGACCUGUACUGUACAAGGGAACCCCAACUAGCUUUCCACCAGCGCAUAUCUUUCUGUCUGGAGUUACAUAACCAAAGUGUAAAGGCAAUGAGAUAUCCUCCUAAGUCUUACGGGAAGGAAUUGGAAAGUGCUGAAGAGAGACGAGAGCGAGAGCAGCAGGACCUGGAGCUUGCUAAGGAAAUGGCAGAAGAGGAUGAUGAUGGCUUUCCUUAAAUUAUUUUAUUUUUAACCAUACUCAUAUUUGUGUGUAAUAUCAAUAUGUAGUUGUCUGAAAUAAAUUCUAUAAAAUUUUAAAAACCAUA